GUUCUUCCUGCGGUCGGCGACGGAUCUAGGGUUUUCGGUCUCGGCGAUGAAGCGAUCCUGAAGUCCGAAGCGGAUCGGAUCCCGUCGGUGGAUCGUCGAUCGUUUGAAGCCUCCUGAUCGAGUUCUGCGCUGCUCGUCGUGUCGGUGGAUCUUUUGGGGGUGGUUUCUUGGAUUCUCUCUUCAGAUCGGUGGCUGUUGAAGGCGGUUCCUUUGAUUUCGUCAAUUGGAUUGGUGGAUCUUUGCGUUGAUCGUGCGGUUUCUUCAAUUGGAUCGCUCGAUCUCAGGGGGGAUCUAGGGUUUCUGGAAGAGAGCGUGGUCUGCUUCUUCUUCGAGGAUAAAGAAAAGAGAUAAAUAGUUGUAUUCUGUUUGUUCUAGUUUGAUAUAAGGCCUGCUUUUAUCCCAGGCCUUCUAUCUAUUCUAUUAUUCUGCUCAAUUUUAAGGGAAAAAACAAAGUUAUUUCUGUGGUUUAGUACUUUUUAUUGCGAUUUAGAUUAGUAGGGGAAAUUUUGGAGAGGAGAAAAAAAAUGGCUGUCUACUAUAAGUUCAAAAGUGCUAAGGACUAUGAUUCUAUUCUGAUUGAGGGGCAAUUUAUCUCUGUUGGUAAUCUGAAAGAACGGAUUUUUGAAUCUAAGCAUUUGGGGAGGGGAACUGAUUUCGACCUAAUGAUCUCCAAUGCUCAGACCAAUGAAGAGUAUGUUGAUGAGGCUGCAAUGAUUCCUAAAAAUACUUCGGUGUUGAUUCGUCGUGUCCCAGGAUGUCCUCGGAUGCCUAUUGUUACUGAACCAGACGAGCCAAAAGUAGUGGACAAUAAGGCAGAGGAACUUCCACCUCAGAGUAGUAUGUUUGUUGGCGACUCAUCUGCUACCAUGAAUAAUCCUGAAGAAUCUGAAUGGGACGUAUUUGGCAAUGAUUUGUAUGCUCCUGAAGUGGUCCCUACUCAGUCAGGUAAUCCAGGUGUAGAUGUCUCUUCUGCUAGUAGGAUUGAUGAAGACGACAAGCUUAAGGCAUUAAUUGAAACGCCUGCACUUGAUUGGAGCCGUCAAGGACAAGAUGGCUUUGGCGGUAGAGGCUUUGGAAGAGGCUUUGGGAGAGGGAUGAUGGCUGGUCGUGGCUUUGGUCGUGGUGGGUUUGAAAGGAAGACACCUCCUCCCGGAUACACCUGUCACCGAUGCAAAGUUCCUGGGCAUUUUAUUCAGCAUUGCCCUACAAAUGGCGAUCCAAAUUAUGAUGUUAGAAAGGUUAAACCACCUACUGGUAUCCCAAAGUCAAUGUUGAUGGCCACUCCUGAUGGCUCUUAUGUAUUGCCUAGUGGUGCAGUUGCUGUUUUAAAGCCAAAUGAAGCUGCGUUUGAGAAGGAAAUUGAGGGAAUGCCUUCUACCCGACCAGUCAGUGAUCUUCCACCUGAACUACGGUGUCCGCUCUGUAAGGAAGUUAUGAAAGACGCUGUAUUAACUAGCAAAUGCUGCUUCAGGAGCUUCUGUGACAAGUGUAUCAGGGACUACAUAAUUAGCAAGUCAAUGUGUGUUUGUGGAGCCACAAAUAUAUUAGCAGAUGACCUUCUUCCCAACAAAACGCUGCGAGAAACCAUUAGUCGCAUAUUGGAGUCAACAACUAGUAGUACGGAGAAUGUUGGAAGCUUAGUACAAGUUCAAGAUAUGGAAUCUGCUCGUCACGUCCCUCCCCCUCCCAAAGUGCCAUCACCGUCUCUUUCUGGUGCUUUGAAAGACGAACCUAAGCAGACAUCUCCUAUCCAGCAUUCAUCAGAUGUUAAGGUAAAAGAAGCUGAUGCUGCAAGUGAAGGAAAGGCUGUCAACACAGUGACGAAUUCUUUGGAGAAGAGAACUGCAAAAAAAACCGAGCAACCUGAACCAACACCUGAAUCAAUGAGUACCAAAGAGCCAAUAUCUCCAGAGAGUGCUCCAGUGCCUGAAGAGGGCCAGGAAAAGUCUCUUGGUGCUGAGCAAGGAAAGAAGAAAAAAAAGAAAAAAGCACGCGUACCUCCAAGUGGUACUGAUAUGCAAUGGAGAGGUUUUCAAGAGCUUGCACCUGAAAACCAUUCUGGGAUGCCUCUAGGACCUCAAGCCCAAGCCUACAACCCUUACUGGGGUGGGGGAAUGCCAAUGGCGUUUGACGGAUUUAUGGCGCCAUUUGGUGGUGCCAUGCCUUAUAGUAUGGGUUACGCUCCAGGUCCUUUUGAUGUUCCUUUCGGUGCAAUGCUACCACCAGAUCCAUUUGCAGCGCAGGGCUAUAUGAUGCCACCUCUUCCUCCGAGGGACCUCUCUGAGUUAGGAUUUAAUGGUAUGAUCAUGAAUAAAGCAGCUCCAAUGAGCAGGGAGGAAUUUGAGGCGAGGAAAGCUGAUAUCAGAAGGAAGCGUGAAUUUGAGCGUCUUAAUGAAAGGUACAAUCACCUGAUGUUUUUUUAGUAUAGUGGGUUUCCA